AUGGAGGAUCAGCCACGGACUGGGACACUCACGUCCAACGAUGCUGCUGCUAUACCGCUACGAGGGCGCCCAUUUGCGUACGAGUACGCUGCAGUCAACGCGCUGCAGUUGGUGCCAGAGUUCAAACAGCUCUUGGAAGGCAGCAAUCUUCUCGCUUUUAUCGCGUACCUUCGGCGACAGACGAUUGAAAGUGGCGGGAGACCUGGACGCGUCUCCUGGCCAGUUUGGCUCCAGGCCGCAGAGGAUCUCGGUCUAGGCGCCACUCGUGCGGCUAUUCUCUGGAGAGGUGCACAGUUUGCGGACACGGACCGCGGCGCCUCUGCAGUGCAGUCUCUGGACGUUUUCAGUGAGUACGACUCUGUACCGCUCGCGCGCCUCGGAGCACUUCUGUUUCUAUCGAGCGUCAUUCCGCGGCCACUCGCUCGGGAAGUGGAUGCGGCCUGGCUGGACUUUCCGUCUCCGACAACCAUCACCGAGAGCGUUCCGCAGUUACUUAAGGAAGCAGCACGUUGGGAGACCCAGACCAAAGUCAUCGACUUGCAAAGUGGGGAAGUCACGGAACACCUGUCCUUUGAACAGAAAAGCAUUAGCGAUGUCAUGGCGGUCACCACGUCGAGCAUGGAAAAGAUUCUCGGAAUGGUUGAAAAGGGUAAAUUCUACCCCGCAGGAUCGUACAUCUCCACACUGCGACGUCUACCCGCAAUUCUUCAAUACAAUUGUACUUUCCAGACAAAGAUUCUGGUGGUUUCGCUUGGACUCACGUUCACCAAUGGUGACGUAUGUGCAGAUGUCAUCACCCCGUGGAAUCCGAAGGGUCGUCCCGAUGCAAAUACUGGGACAAAAUCUGCUGAUGAUAUCGACUGGAACGAUAUUUGGAUUCCGCUUCGCUGUAUAGAGCACUUCCGUUUCCUGUUUGAAUUGCCCGAUGUGCCGCUGACAUUGGGCUGGGAUGCCACCCAGAUUGUGGAGGGCAUUUCCGAACCAGCAGUGAAAUUUGCUGAUUCAGUUUCAUAUCUAUUCGAUCUCUUCAAUAUUCUGCUGGGCACUUGCUUCAUCCGGAACAAGAACCUGCCGUGGGCGCAUAUUAGGUCGAUUGCUGGCCUACGGGCUGUGGCGUCACUGCGGCCGUACCGCUGGGAGGUAUCCGCACUCGUUCGAUCGACGUUGAUCAAACGUAUCGACCACGAGGAUACCGCCGACAUAGAUAUCCGAGGGUGCAAGGAUUGCCGGCUCGAGUUUGUUCCGGGAGACGCUACGACGAUCGCGCAUGUUACAAUAGGCCAGUGCGUAGACUGCACCAUCUUUGUGGCAGCUUGCAAGACGCUCAUGCUGACCACGAGCGAGAGGGUUACCAUUCUUGCCGCCGUGCACGCAGAGUUGCGAAUCAUCAAUUGCCUAGAGUGCCAAAUCUAUAUCCUCUGCAACGAGCGGCCGGUGGCUUACGGAGACAAUCGGCUCGUAUACAUUGGACCCGCUGCAUACAAUUUCGACGGCCUCGAUAGUAUCCUGAGCAGGCAUGGGAUUCGUACGGACUCCAACCGGUGGAGCGAGCCCUAUGAUUUUGAACGGGACGGUACCCCAACGUCCAACACGGUUGCGCUGAUUCCGCCGAGCAGUUACUGGCCCCCGGUGCUUGCGUGGAAGAACGCCAAGGACCUGCGCUCUUGUCCGUGGCAGAUCGAGAAGGAGUACCUGGAGGUGUUCGAGCACAGAUCAGCCAGCGUUGAUCGGCUGCGACGAAGCGUAUGCGACAGGUUCGGCGAUCGCAAAGAUGCCAUGUCGCAGCUGCAAGACCUCGUCCAUGCUCGAUUUCGAGAAUGGCUCGGGAACGGUAAUCGGAUGCGCUCCGUUCACGAUCUGCUCCGUAUGGAGAGGACGGAAGCGAAAGAGGCGCCCAAAGACUCGUCAGAACAAAGUGCAUCUUGA